CAUCGAAGGUGUCCGGGCACGAAGGUGUUCCUCCCCGGCUAUCUCAUCGUGUGCCUACUUGUCACGGCUUUUGCAUUCACCGGGAUUUCCACCGAGGCUUAAAUCCGCGAAGAAGAGGCAAAAGAAACGUCGACCAGUGCACUUCGAUAUCAGGCCGCCGUAUUAUUUGGACUAGGUCGGAUACGAUGGCGCAGCUUGUGAGAACACUGUACGAUGGCUACCGGGACCUGAUGGACAACAAAAGCGAUCCCAGGGUGAACAACUGGGCCAUGAUGAGCAGUCCCUUCCCAACCUUGGCCAUCUGUCUAUCCUACGUAUACUUCGUGAAAGUGUUAGGGCCGAAACUGAUGGAAAACCGCAAACCCUUCGAUCUGAGGAGAGUGAUGAUAUUCUACAAUCUUUUCCAAGUCAUCUUCUCCGCGUGGUUGUUCACUGAGUCGUUGCUGUCCGGAUGGGGAGGUUACUAUUCGUUGCGUUGCCAACCGGUAGAUUACUCGAACCAUCCUCUGGCAGUUCGAAUGGCACACGGCUGCUGGUGGUAUUACUUCUCGAAAUUCACCGAAUUUAUGGACACGAUCUUCUUCGUGCUGAGAAAGAAAAGCGACCACAUCUCUACGCUACACGUGAUCCAUCAUGGAUGCAUGCCGAUGUCCGUCUGGUUCGGCGUGAAAUUCACUCCUGGCGGACACAGCACAUUCUUCGGCCUAUUGAACACUUUCGUGCACAUCGUCAUGUACUCGUACUACCUGUUGUCCGCUCUGGGACCAAAGGUGCAGCCGUACCUCUGGUGGAAGAAGUACCUGACUUCUCUGCAAAUGGUCCAGUUCAUCCUGGUGAUGAUCCACGCGUUCCAGCUGCUCUUCAUCGAGUGCAACUACCCGAAGGCGUUCGUCUGGUGGAUAGGAAUGCACGCGACGAUGUUCUACUUCCUGUUCCGCGACUUCUACUACGCGGCCUACGAGAAGAGGAAAUCGUCGUCGUUGAAGAAGAGAGAGGAGGCACGGCGACGAAACAACGAGAAACAACAGCAGGCUGAAUCGGAACGGAAAGACGCGAAGGAAAAUGGCGCGAUCUACGCGGAUCAAUACAAGAUGGCGACCGGCUAUAUCUCGGACAACGGCUUGAGAAACCGUGUGUUCAUCGAUAACACAGGUUUUCAAAAGUAAAUCGCCGUUCGAAACGUGCGACCUGUCGGCAAUCGCCGCGAUCUGGAUGAAUUUUCGGAAGACGAGUCAGAUGAAGAUUCUUCGCGAGCUUUUACGAUAUCGAGGAUCUUUCCGAUGAUUUCGGCCGAAUCGGGCUGGUACAAUGUUCAUCCUGCGCGCAGGAUACGUUUGUAUAAAACUCAACAACACUUUUACGCUUGCUGUGCGUGUUCGUUUGUAUGUAUGAAUGUAAGUGUGCAAGUGGGUAUGUAUGUACCGGUGAAUGUAGGAAUUAAGGUGAAAAAUGAAUGGAGGAGAAGACGUGACGGCUGUGCGCACCGUUGCGCGCCCAACUGGUCGUCGAGUUCGGGUCACAAGAGUUGCCAAAUUCUUUCUUCUUAAGCUCUUAUUAUCUGUGUAACGUGUUAUUUGUAAAUUAGAAGUGACAGAGGGGACUGGGUCGUGAAUCGAAGACGUGACGCGACCAGAAAUCCAGUUUGUUCGUAACUUGAGGUCACGAGUUCCGUAAGUGUAACAUUCCCAUUGCUCAAACCACCAAACGAAUCAACUUGAUCGGCUCGUAAGCGUCGCCGAGUCGAUUCCGUUGCCGCGAACCGUGUGAUCCGGUCGCGAGAUCGCAAGUGUAAAUUAAUCGUAGAAUUAAGCAGACGCGGGCAGACGGUAUAGAAGAAUAGGUCGAUCCUUCGAUCGUUCCGAUGAAUAUUUCAAUAAAGAGAAACACGCUGUUAGGGCAUUACGAAGAGCAUCGUGAUUCGAAAUCGUUAUUGUCAAAGGAACAGUUGAAAUUCUAUCGUAUCGAUGUCGCGAUUCUUUCUUCGAGAUAAUGUUCCAGUUACGCAACGAGGCGCGUUGUUAAACCGAUCGAACCCGAUGAUUAACGUGCUUCGUUAAUUUUUAUUCUCGCGACACUUUUUCCUCUCGGUAGUUUUCUGUGAUAGUUAGCGGUCGGUGCGUUGGAGCUCGUUUGCAACCGUGUUUACUAUUCGUCGCUGCCCCGACUGGAGAAGGAUCGAGCCAAUUUGGCGAGAAAUAUAAGUACUUUCGGCGCGUAGAUUAA